AGAAAACUUAGUAUUAUAUAUCAGAUGAACGUAACGAAGCAAAAGCUAUUUUCUCUGUUCAUAUUUCACCAGACGGAUUACGCCUUGCAUCAGGUGGUUUUGAUUCUAAAGUUAAAAUAUGGUCCACUAAAGCAAUUCUUCAAGAACAUAGUGAUGAACCAAAACAGUUGUGUUCAAUGAGUAUUCAUACAGGUGUUGUUACAACUGUAAGAUUUUCACCUAAUGGAAAGUAUCUUGCGUCAGGAAGCGAUGAUAGAAUUAUUAUUAUAUGGCAACAAGACAUAACAAGCCACAAUUUUGGUAAAAUUUUUGGAAAUAAUGAAACAAAUGUCGAAAACUGGAGGAGCUUUAGACGUUUAAUAGGUCAUGACAAUGAUAUUCAGGAUUUAGCAUGGAAUCAUGACAAUUCUAUUUUAGUAAGUGUUGGCCUAGACAGUGCUAUCAUUGUAUGGCAUGGAUCUACAUUUGAAAAAUUAAAAAAAAUUGAUGCACAUCAAAGUCAUGUAAAAGGAAUUACAUUUGAUCCUGUUGGAAAAUAUUUUGCAACAGAAAGUGAUGAUAGAACCAUUAAAAUAUGGCGUACUUCAGACUAUUCUCUUGAAAAAACAGUUUCUAAGCCUUUCAAAAAUUCACCAUCUACAACAUAUUUUAGACGACCAUCAUGGUCACCAGAUGGAUCACACAUUGCAGGCCCAAAUGCAAUGAAUGGGCCUGUAAGCAGUGUUGCUGUUAUUGAGCGUGGAACAUGGACUAGUCUUAUUAAUCUUAUUGGUCAUGAAGGAGCUGUAGAAGUAACUUCUUUUAACCCUAUUCUUUUUCGACUUCCCGAUACAACUAAGGAAGAUAACAAAAUUAUAACAAUUAUCGCAUGUGCUGGACAGGAUAGGACGUUAAGUAUAUGGAAUACGCAGAAUCCUCGCCCUAUACUUGUUACUCAAGAAAUUGCAGAAAAAAGUAUAGGCGAUCUUUGUUGGUCACCAGAUGGGCUAUCCUUAUUCCUUUGUUCAUAUGAUGGAAGUAUUGUAGCCUGUUUAUUUGAUAAAGAUGAAUUUGGAGAACCAUUAACAGCAGCAGACACUGAAAAAUUAUUAUCAAAAUAUGGCCAUGGACGGCAUGGAGAAAUUCUUCCAGAAUCAACUGCUCAGCUAGAACUUGAAACAAGAACAGCAGAAAUAGAAGCAACUGCUCAUAUUAAAAGAAUGCAAGAUUUAAUGGGUGACACUGAACCUAUGAAAAUAAAUUGUAUAUCGGAUGAUGCAGAACAAGACUCUUCAAAUAAAGAAACAGAAUCUAAUAUAACACAAACAACAGAAAAAUCAUCAACAGUAUCUACACCUAAACAAACCCUCAAAACAAAUUCAUUAUCAUUAACACCUUCAAGUAAUUUACAAAAACCUAUUCAACAAAAAGUUACAAUUACAAAGGAUGGAAAAAAACGUGUAGCUCCACAACUUCUUUCCAAUUUAUCUGAUACACCUAUUGUAAAUUCAUUACCCGAAUCACAUUUACAAACAUAUCCUGAACAAAAUAUACACUGCCAAGCAUUAGAUUUCUCUGAACCUUCACAUGCCCUUCCAAAAGGAGGUGUUCGUUCUUUAAUAAUAGGAAAUAAAAGAAAAAAUACAUCUGAAGAAAACGAACAUCCACUUCCAAAGAAAGGAAAACUAAAACAAACGAAUGAUCAUACAAAAACAAAUAUACCAGAAUUUAUUAGACCAUCAGUAAUAUGCCCUUCUACAAGCGUUUCACAGAUUCGUCUAGGUGUGCCUAAAGUUAUUUCUUUUAUUUCAAUGUCUAUUAACUCUACCAAUUAUAUGCUUGAAGUUCGUAAUGGAACAGGAGAACAUAAACCUACAAAAAUAACAGCCAUAAAAAAAGGAAAUAUUGUUUGGAAAGAGUUUUUGCCAAAAGCGGUCCUUUUAUUAGCAGGAAAUACUCUUUUUUGGGCAGCAGGUUGUGAGGAUGGUACUAUUAUUAUAUGGUCACCUCGCGGCAGAAGAUUAUUCCCAUCUAUUAUCUUAGAAUCAUCUCCUUGUUUUCUCGAGUGUCAAGGACCGUUUCUCAUGUGUAUUACCUCUAUAGGAUUAUUGCAUGUUUGGAAUGUCAUACUUGAAUUAUCACCACAUCCUCCUGUUUCUUUAGCACCUAUUCUUGACGCAUCAACUUUCCAAUUUUCAGAAUUAAAAAAUGCACCAUCCAUUGUUUCAGCAGCAAUCAAUUCCAAAGGACAAGUAAUCAUAACUCUUUCUGAUGGUGAUGGAUUUACAUAUGAUGCUGCUAUGUAUUCGUGGUUAAAAGUAAGUGAAGCAUGGUGGGCAGUAGGCAGUCAAUAUUGGGAUUCAAGUGGUUUCAAAGGAGUAAAAGGGAAAUCCGGUAUUAUCGGAAUGCUUGAAAGAAGAACAGAUGAUGAAGUAAUGAAAUUAGGACGUGGACGAUUUUUACAAAGAAUUGUAAAAAGUGCAAUGCUUUUAGAGGGAUAUGAGGGUUUCGAAACAAGUGUAAGUAUUAGUCAUUUGGAGAAUCGUCUUUCAUCAGCAGCAAUACUUCAUUCACCAGAUGAAUAUAAAACCAUCUUAAACACCUAUACUCGAAAAAUUGCAGAGGAAAAUAUGAAAGAUAAACUAGAAGAACUUUGUAUGUAUUUAUUAGGACCUAUAUUGGAUGACCCUUCUGUUUCUUGGAAACCAAAAGUUGCAGGAUUAGACAAAAGAGAGUUAUUAAAAGAAAUUUUAACAACAAUAGGAAAACAACGUGAAGUCCAAAGAAUAACAACUAAAUAUACCGAAGCCCUUGAAGAACUUAAUAAAGUCGAAAAUGCACCUACUUCAUAA